AAUUGUCUGUCUAAGCAUGCUAAAUAAUCAGAUUGGUUUUAGUAUGCUUGAUCUUUGAUUGAUUCCAGUUUUACCCUGUCUAUGGAGAGUAUAGCGAUGGGUGGACUGACAUCUUGAUAUUUUGGGUUUUUAACUUCAGUUUACCAGUUGUAAUUUUUAUUUUUGUUGUCAAGAGGGACAUAUACUGUGUAGGGUGGAUUGCAAUGGCAUAAAGGAUCCUUGUAGCCGACUUAACUUAGUAGCUUAAGGCUUAGUUGUUGUCCAGAGAAGUUAUAGAACUUAAUUCUAACUUCAGCUUUGCUUGAAGCAGCCAUUUAGUGGAAAUGUAGUCCAGUUUUGUCAUAUCUUUAGGCAAUAGUAAUGGUGCUGUUGUGAAGGAUCUUGAUGCUUCUACUUGGACACAAUAUCUUAGCAAUGAUUGUGGCCAUGUUAGUUGAAUCGGGAGUUGGAAAUUGGGAAAAGGUAAAAAUCGGAUUUAUUAUCUGCCAUUGCAUGAUUUGGACUUAUACAGUGUGUGGAAGCUGAUGACUGUGUUUAUCGUAAUUCGAUAGCCUAUAACCAAAGGAUGGCUGUUUUGGGAAUAGUGGCCUUCAUUUUGAUGUUACCUUCAGUUUAAGGUAAAGGGUUUUUCUUUUGAUCCUUGAGGUUACUUGUAUUGGAGAUACUAGUGUUAUAUUUUCUAAAUUCUAGAGAUGCCUGCAAGUCAUCACGCAUUAUGUCAUGUCUUGCUAUGGUUUGUCGUUGACGUGCCCUAAGAAAUGCUGGUUGUUAGGUGGUAUAAUUGCUUGUUUUGUUCUUCAAUAUAUGCUUAGUUGCCGAAUUCGGUUAUCAAGAGACUCUAAACAGGUAUGAAGUGGCCAGCUGAUGACAUCCUUUUAUCUCCUAUCGAUCUUUUGUCUCAUAUUUUCUUACUGUGUGGCUCUUAAUUCGAUCAUUAUUGGUUUUGAGGUUCAUCUGAGGCACUGCGUGAUGCUUAUAUUGCUUCACCAAUACUUUGCGAUCCUGGAAUUAUCAAAAAGCACCAUAAAUUCAUCCUGAAAUUCUUUAUGUAUCCUGGAAGUGGUAUGCGGAACAGUCUUCUUGUAUUUUCCUCUUGUGAUGAUCUCUCUAUGAUGUUCAACUGCCUAUAGAUUCGCCAUCAGAAAUUCUUAUGGUCGGUCGCGGUGACUGAAAUGCUAUUUAUAUAAUCAAGUUCGGCAUAGAUAUAAGCUGUGGCUUCUGUGGUUGAAUGAUUAGUUUAUUUUCGAAGAACUUUCAGAGCCGUUUCUUGAAAAGUCGGCUUGAAGAAAGCUCUACUUCUCUCCCUUUUGUCCAGCCAAUAGCUCUUAUCAUCAUCAUCUCAUGAAGAAUUAUCUGACAUAGAUAAAUGUAUGGAGGUAAGAACCUCGGUUCCAUACAUUUUAGAACUCUAUUUGGAUCGCAGCGGAGUGCUCAUCAACUGAAUUAACUAAUUGCUUAUUUUCCACAAUAUAGCAGAGGGCACCGCCCAAUGACUUGGCAAUAGGUUUUUUGAUUCGGUCGUUUCGUUGAUCAAGUGCAUCUCCUCAAAGAAUUAAAGAACCAUGGAGUUUUGCUUUGUGGUCAACGGAAUUGGGCAGGGUGAACGGGAUUGGAGAAACAAGUGGUCAGAUGACAUGAUGAGAAUGAAUAACAUCUGCACCAAACAUAGAGCUUCAAUAUCCCCUUAAUACAUACUAUGAUUAUUGAUGAAAGUACCGUAGAUAGAACGUCGACUUGUAAAAGCAAUAAGAAAUUAAAAGCCAAUGUCUGCAUGAAUUGUGAUACACGCAUGACGUGCACCGAUUUGUUCUCACGUCGGAUCGGUAAAAGCCGAUGACAUCCGAAUCGAUGCACCAACUUAAAGUUGCCGGCACACAUGGAUUUCCCGUUGAUAUGAGACGAUGACGAUGGCAAAGGGUAUGAUGCUGAUUACGAUAAUGAUAAUAUUACGGUGCAACGAACUUGAACUCGCCGAUUUUUAUGAUUUCCAUGACGCGUUCUGGGACUUCUUCCCAAGUUGAUAAGCAAAUUUUGCUGAUAAGCACUCGAGACUAGGUUACUCCAAAAGAUCUUUCUUUUUCCAAAAUUUUGCUGAAAAGUAUACAUAUAUAAACUUUUUUUUUCUCAGGAAGUCGUCUCCGAAGAAAGAUAAAUAAUACAGCACUAGCCCGUUCCUUCGGGCAAGGAGCACCAUCUCUUUCCAACGAAGUUUAGAAGGAGCAGAGACUUUCUUCUCCCUGACGUGGUGCUUCACUGUCACCUUUAUCUUCUCCGGACCUUUCUUUCCCUUCUCUAUAUAAAUCCUCAUUGCUUUCAAAUAUUUCAAGCUCUCGGAACACCAAGUGUAACCACUGUCAUCGUCAUCACCUUUCUUUAUCUAUUUUAUAUACACCAAGCUGGCAAGUUUCAGGUGGCUUCUUCAUUUCAUUCACACUUCUCCAUCUCUCUCUGCUCUUCCUGAAGAAAAGCUGCUAUAUCCAUGCUUGUUGUGGACAUCUUUUCCUUGAUUCUGAGUGUCUUUGGUGGAUAGUGUUUUUGGCAUCUGUCAUCUAUGCAGCUUCAUGGGUUCUCUCUCUCUCUCUCUCUUUCUGUUUGUGUCCUGUUCUAGGAGUCGAGCUAAAUGGAUGAGAUCUAAGUGUGCUUUGUCAGGGACGAUUAGGAAAGGGCUCUUGAAUUAGUUAUUUUAUGCCAAGUAUUUGUAUCCUAGUUAGAAUAAAAUACUUGUUCCCCUGGUUUGGUUAGUAUAAAGAAUGGGUUGGAGUUGGUUUGACAAGUUCAGAUAAGGUUUGGCUUAUCACGACUUCCAUAGACAAGGUCAAAGUUCUGUCUGCGAAUUAUGUUGUUCGACAAUACGAUGUACAUUGUCAUGACCUUAUGAUGUGCGACUGUCCGUUGCAUAUUUCAUUUUCUCAUCCAGGUGUUUUCCACCAACUUAAGAAACUGCCUUUGGAAGUUCAGACAAGUAUUCGAAAAACUAAAGUGGCAGGGUUUCGCAGGCGCUAGAGUUAUCGGCAUCUAUUUUUGUUAAGUAAAUCAUAGGCUUCGUGCGCGAAAAGGACGAGAUUUACUAGAUUCAGCGAUGUGUUCCUCCACUUUGGUCCAGCCAAGCAAGAUGGCCGUUUCAAGAACAGGUCCUAACUCAUCUUCUGAGAUUCUCGGUAAAUUCGGCAGCCCGAUAAUACCCGGUUUGCCUGAUGAUGUGGCGAAAACGUGUCUUGCACUCGUUCCUCGUCGCGAGUUCCCAUCUAUGGGCUUGGUUUGCAAAAAGUGGAGGUCAUUUCUCGGAAGCAAGGAAUUUCAACUCGCGCGAAAAUUAGGAGGUGCCCUCGAAGAAUGGAUUUUUAUCCUAACCACGGAUGGCAGAAAGAAGGAAAGCCAUUGGGAGGCCAUCGAUAGCUUCGGAAACAAGCAGCGGCGCCUUCCCUCGAUGCCCGGUCCGUUGAAGUCCGGUUUUGGGGUGGCUGUUGUCGAUGGAAAGCUUUUAAUUGUUGGCGGCUAUUCAGUGACGGGUGGAUCCGGCACUGUCUCUGCGGAAGUCUACCAAUAUGACUCUCGUUUGAACAGUUGGAGCAAAUUGAGGAAUAUGAACGAGGCUCGUUGCAACUUCGCCUGCGCCGAAGUUAAUGGAAUGGUCUAUGCCGUCGGAGGAUACGGUGCCGAAGGCAACAUCAUCGGUAGCGCUGAGGCGUACGACCCCGACACGGGCAAGUGGACUCUAAUGGAGAGCCUUAGGCUCCCGAGGUGGGGAUGCUUUGCCUGCGGCUUCGAAGGCAAGCUCUACGUGAUGGGAGGGCGGUCGAGUUUCACUAUCGGAAGCGCGAGAUCGGUCUGCGUCUACGACCCCGAGAAGCGCGCGUGGUGCGAGCUGAAGAACGGGUGCGUCAUGGUAACCGCCCACACCGUGCUCGGGACGAGGCUCUUCUGCAUGGAGUGGAAAAGCCAGAAGAAGCUGUCUGUUUUCGACCCAGAAGGGAACUCAUGGAACACGGUGUCGCUCCCACCUCGUUGGAGCUCGGAAGCCGCGUUUCGGCUCGGGACUUUAAACGGGAAGCUGUUGCUGUUCUCAGCUAAGGAAGUCGCCGGUUAUCACACUUUGUCCUAUGACCCGAAUGCGACGCCUGGUUCGGAAUGGCAAGUUUCUAAGAUCAAUCCAUCCGGUUCAUGCUUGUACAGUGUAACAAUCAAGGCAUAAAAAGGGCAUGCCAAUAUCCGUAUCCUCUCCUGUAAAUAGCAGUUACUGUUGGAUUAGUCGUGUAAUUUUCACGGUGACUUUUCUAAGCUGACGUUUUCAAGA